GCCGCCGUAGCCGUUGCCAUGGCGACGGGCGCAGCGGCCCGAGGCCCGCGGAGGCGCCGGGAGCUGCCGGGGAGGCCUCAGCCGGGGGCCCCGCGCCCUGCCCGGGCAUGAGGCGGGGCCGGGGCCGCUGUCAACCGCUUCUGCGGGAAGAAGAUGAAUAUCUGCAAUAAACCCCAUAAUAAGAUAGCUCCAGAGGAUUUGGGCGAAGCCGUCCCUGAGGUGAAGGUCCAACGCGCUCGAAGAAAUGGCUGGAGCUGGCCCCUGCACCUGUUCCAGGUCAUCGCCUGGCUGCUGUUCCUGUUCUUUGCUCUGGUUGGCUUUGGGAUCCUGGUUCCCCUGCUGCCCCGCCACUGGCUGCCCGCUGGCUACAUCUGUCCAGGAGUGUGUUUUAUCUACCAUUUAGUUGUUCAUCUUACUGCAGUUUCCAUUGACCCUGCGGAUGCAAACGUGCGAGAAAAAAACUAUCUGGGGCCUCUGGCCACCUUCAACCGUAACCAGCACGCACAUGUCAUUGAGAACCAUCACUGCCAUGUCUGUGAUGUAGAUGUGAGUGCCAAGUCAAAGCAUUGUGGAACUUGCAACAAGUGUGUUUGUGGCUUCGAUCAUCACUGCAAAUGGCUCAACAACUGUGUGGGAGAGAGGAAUUACUGGCUCUUUUUGAACAGUGUGCUGUCUGCCAUUCUGGGCCUGGGGCUUCUGCUGCUCGUCGCUUUCUACGUCUUUGUGGAGUUCUUCGUCGACCCCGCGGUGCUUCGCUCUGACCAGCACUUCGAUGCUUUGAGGAACCACAUGGACCGCUGGUUUGUGUUUCUUCCUGCAUCUCCUGUUGAGACUCAGGCACCUGCCAUUUUGGUGACAGCUGGGAUUUUUAUUCUUCUGAGCCUAGUGACCAUGAUCCUGCUGGGCCACCUCUUGACCUUUCACAUCUAUCUCUUGUGGCACAAGCUGACUACGUAUGAGUACAUCCUGCAGCAGCGUCCCCAGCAGCAGCCAGACAAGGUAGACAAGAAACAGGAGUCUUGUUCCUCCCAAGUGAGACACAGUCAGGAAGCAGACUUGUUGUCAGGUAAUCCUGGCUAUACAGACCCUGGAAUUCAAGUAGAGGAAUUCUCAACAGUAACUUCAGGAAAAAGCUUUCCAAAGCUCUAUGUCCAUAACCAAGAAGGUGACCCCAAGCAGAGCUCCUCCCCUGAGUCCCCAUCUCUUCACUCUGUGGCCCCUUCUCAGCAACAGAAGAAAAGAAGAAAGAAAAUGCAGAAAGCUUCUUCCUCAGCAAUGGAUAGUGGAUCUAAAGCACAUGCUACACCUCAGCUCUCAUUCCCAGAUCCCCCAUCAGACAAUCCCAGAGGAGUCAGGAAGAAGAAUCUGUAUUCUGAGCACAAGGUCAAAAGGAGAAGCUGCCAGCUGGAUAGACGUGUGGAACGAGACCUGGAGCUUUUUUCUAAGAUUCCUGCUGUGUUUGUAAGUAAGAGCAGUGGAGAACCUCUUGUCCCUCAGCCCCAGCCCAGUGAGAGCACGUCAGAGCCUGACCACAGAAAAUGCACCAGCAAGCAGCAUGUGGGCACACAUGAUCCAUGCUCAAAGGACAUAAGGACAAGCACCACAGCGGCCUAGGGAUCAUCCUUCCAAAGCCAUGGCCUUGGGAACAGCGUUGGUGCUGUGUAGAGGCCUACAGGACUCACCCCUCACUGUGCACGUGCUGUCAGGCUGCAGUGGGACAUUUCUCAUCCUCAGCCAAAGGCAAGAGGCAGCAAGGUGGCAAACCUGAGGUAGACUUGUUGCUCACGAGAGCUCAAGUGCUUUCCCUGGGGAAGGGCCAACCCCUCUGCACACUGUUCCUGCAGUAACUUCCCAGCAGAGUGUAGGGGGAAGAACAGGGCUGCACCUCUGCCAUUCCCUGCACCCUGAAAGCUGUAUUUCCAUCUGCCUGCUCCCUGUCAUUGGAUCAUGCUCAGGGGCUUCAGCAGGUGGUCAGGGAGUAACCUCAGGAUUGCCCCAUCCCUAUACCGCUUUCCACUGUGCACCCUCAAGCCCAGUCCACCACCAGCAUUUUCUUGGAAGGCAGCAUAGUUUGACUUGUUCCCCCAUCCCAGCAGUCUGGGGUGCCCCAUGCUGCAGCAUUCUCAUCAGAAGUUUUGGGAUACAGCAAGCCCUGGAACCUUUCCAGUUCCUGGGCUGCCAGAUCUGUAUUAGUCCACAGCCAAGCCUGGGGUGUGUGUAGUGCAGAAAGGUCCCACAGCAGACAGUGGGGCACAUGGCCUGUGCCUUGAGCCACAGCACCCUGUGCUGGGGGUGAGCUGCAGGGAACUGUCUGGGCUGCCAUCCUACAGCACCUGUGCUCUCCCUGCCCUCAUGGCUUCCCCAGGCAGCUUGCCCUGUUCCAGAUGCCUGGCUGAGUGCUGAGGCUGGGCCUUCAGCAAGCCCAGAUCUGCCUAGCAGCCAGCUAAUCUCAGACAGCAGCCACCAGCAUGGCCAUGUCGGACAGGAUUUGGCACAGCCCUGAGCAGCACCACUGGCGUGGCUGGAUGCACAUUUCCAGGCAUAUCCUCAGCACAGCACACUGCUGGUGCUGUGAGCAAACAGGUGCACCAGCAAAGAAAAGGAAGCCAGGGGAGUCUUCAUCACCCUUCCAAAAUGUUUUGAUGCAUGGAAGGCACAACUGACCUUUCUCCAGCCUAUGGUGGGUGCAGGUUAGGGAAGGACAGGACAAAGCACAGUGCUGUGAGAGAGAGUCAAGCUAAGCUGUUCUCCCUUUGUCUAGCUCAGUCUGCAAGCAUUCCUUGGAACUGGGUCAGAGCAGGACAGGGGAUCCGGGGUCAAAGGCUCUUGGGGCACAGUCAACACAGGACAGGCAGGCUGGACUCACAGCCUUGAUGGGAGAGACUAGCCUGAGAGAAAGACCUGGGAGUGUUUUAAAGGGCUGCCUUACCAGUCUUCUCUUGUGUGAUUUUUGUCUCCUGAAAGAACUGGGAUGAGGAGCUUUGACUCUUCAUCAAAUUACACAAUCUGUUGAUCAGAAGAAGUGAAGUCUCAUGUAGCUGUUGAAGUAAUUUUGUCUCAGUUUGCAGGAAGGGCUGUGGUCACACUCCUUGCAGCUUCCCUGCCUGCUGUGGCCAGUGGUGCCCGCUGGCAGUGUGACCCUUUGGGAAAGCAGGUGAGUGUGGACCAGCAGACAUGGCGCUGGGUUUCUGCAGAGACCAGGGCAUUGCUCACCUAUGGGUCCCAGUUAGACAAAGUCCUUCCUGUUGUCUCCUCAUGUCUGCUGUCAUCCAAGGAAACUGUGUCCUGCAGCAAUGCUGGGCUCAUGGUUUUCCAAGGCCAGCUGUCCCUCUACCAGAAAGCAUUGGUAAUUCCUCUUCAGCAGGUGCCCCUGAGCAGACCUUGUGUGUUUUCUUACUCUGUCCAUGCAGAAUCAGUCCCAAAAUCAUGUAUGGAGCUCUUUGGUAGCUCUGGCCACAAUAAAAUUUUGUAUAUUCUUGCUAAAUAGUUUCCUCCUUUCUUUUGCAGCAAUUCCUGUCUCUGCCCCGUU